AUGUCUACCGUUGCCGACGAGCUUCUGAACGACUUUGGAAGUUCGGGGGACGAAGCGGACGAAAAUGACAAUGGUGGCCUCGUCGUCGACGACGAUGACCGAGAAAAUGGCGGCCACGAGGCCAUGGACGUCGACGACGACGGGAAUGGAUCAGACGACGACGACGGUCAAGAUGUGCAGGAAAUGGGGGACGCCGAGGCUACCAAGGCAAAAGUCGAAAAGAUGCAGCUCGGCGCAGUCAAGGAUGUACGCAGCGUCGCCAGCCUGAUGCACACGCUGGAGCCAGUUCUCGAGAAAAUUGGGCAUUACCGAUCGCAAACGUCUACGCAGACAGCCACCAGCGUCGGCAACAUCGAGGACCACCCCGAGUAUAAUCUGCUGACGCAGUCAAAUAGCCUGUCAACAAUGAUUGACGGCGAGGUGGUGCUGGUGCACAAGUUCAUCCGCGACCACUAUUCGACGCGGUUCCCCGAACUCGAGCGACUGGUGACGACGCCGCUCGAGUACGCCAAGGUCGUGUCGAUCAUCGGCAACGGACCGAUGAGCUCGGAGAGCAUCAAGGCACUGCAGACCUCUACAGACAACCCGAUGGAGAUGGGGCUCAAGGCCGUGCUCGACGGACCGUCGCUCAUGGUUGUCACGGUGGAAGCCACGACGUCCAAGGGCCGCGAGCUGAGCCCCGAGGAGCUGUACAGAGUGCGCCAGGCGUGCGCCAUGAUGGUGUCGCUGCACAGGGCCAAGCAGACCUUGACGGAAUAUGUCCAGUCUCGGAUGAACAUCUUUGCGCCGAAUUUGACAGCCCUCAUCGGGUCUCUCACUGCCGCGCAACUUCUGAACACGGCCGGCGGCUUGACGGGCCUCUCCAAAACCCCGGCCUGCAACAUCCCUUCGUGGGGAUCAAAGAAGCGUCAGGCAGGCCUGGCCACCAACAUUGGGGUCCGCCAGCAGGGAUAUCUGUACAAUUCGGAAAUGAUUCGCGGCAUCCCCAAUGACCUGAAGAAGCAAGCAAUGAGAAUAGUGGCCGCGAAGCUCGUUCUGGCCGCGCGGGUCGAUAGAAUACACUCGACGCCAGAUGGCUCGACCGGGGACCAGCUGAAGUCGCAAUGCUUAGAGCGCCUCGAGAAGCUGACGGAGCCGCCGGCGAAGAAGGGACAGCGAGCGCUGCCUGUUCCCGGCGACAAACCGUCGAGGAAACGGGGAGGCCGACGAGCAAGGAAGGCCAAGGAGGCCGUGGCCAUGACGGAUCUGCGCAAGGCCCAGAACAGGAUGGCAUUUGGCAAGGAAGAACAGGAAGUUGGCUACGGCACAGGCUCGGGCACGGUUGGCAUGGGUAUGAUUGGACAACAGAACGAUGGCAGGAUCCGAAAUGUGCAAAUCGACCAGCGGACCAGGGCGAAGCUCAGUGCCAAGAACAAGGGAUGGGGAGGCGCCAGCACCAUGGGCGGCGCUGCGUCGUCCAUCGGCGGCUUCGGCCAAACACCAGGCAGCAUGGACUUGCGCGGAAAGGGUCUUCGAGCCUCUGGCGUCGGAAGCACGAUCGGGUCGGCGACCGGCACUGCUUCAUCCCUGGCGUUCACGCCAGUGCAAGGCUUGGAGCUGGUCGACCCAAAGGUUCAAGCGGAGCUCAGUAAGAAGCGCAAGGCCGAGGAAGAUAGAUGGUUCAAGGGCGGUACAUUCACACAGGUGGGGGGGGAAGCAUCAGCGUCGUCGACCAACGGCGGCUUCAAGGUGCCUCAUCUGCCGGCUGCCAAGAGGGUUGAUACAGGAGCCACCAAGAUGGGACCUCCUCCGCCGCGGAAAUAG